AUGAAUCCAUCAAGCAAGGUAGUUCUUCCAAAGUAUUAUGCAAAAAUAAACUAAUUAAUGCCUAAAGAAUAUUGGAAUUAUGAUGAAUACGAAAAUGAAUGGGGUAAUUAAGAUGACUAUGAAGUAAUUAGAAAAAUAGGAAGAGGAAAAUAUUCUGAAGUAUUUGACGGCAUAAGUGUUUUAACCAAAAAGAAAAUAAUAAUAAAAGUCCUAAAACCAGUAAAAAAGAGCAAAAUAAAAAGAGAAAUAAAAAUUUUACAAAUUCUCAAAGGAGGACCAAAUAUAGUUGAACUUCAAGAUGUAGUACGGGAUUCUGCAUCGAAAACACCAUCAUUGAUAUUUGAAUAAAUAGAAAACAUUGACUUCCGCAGUAUGUUUCCAAAUCUUUCAGAUUACGAAAUUAGAUUUUAUUUGUUUGAAAUAAUGAAAGCACUAGAUUAUUGUCAUAGCAAAGGAAUUAUGCAUAGAGAUAUUAAACCCCAAAACAUUAUUGUAGAUCCCAAAUAAAAGCUUCUUAAAGUCAUAGAUUGGGGAUUAGCUGAAUUUUAUCAUCCAGGAUAAGACUAUAAUGUUAGAGUCGCCUCUAGAUACUUUAAAGGACCUGAACUUCUUGUUGAUUAAAAUUACUAUGAUUAUUCUUUAGAUAUUUGGAGUACUGGAGCUAUGCUUGCAUCUAUGAUUUUUAAAAAAGAACCUUUCUUUUAAGGUUCUGAUAAUUAUGAUUAAUUAGUUAAAAUAGCUAAAGUUUUAGGAACUGAAGAACUUUAUAAAUAUAUUAAAAAAUAUGAUUUGAUUUUAGAUCCAGCUUAUAAUAAAAUAUUGGGAAAUUAUCCUAAAAAACCAUGGAAUAAAUUUGUUACUGAUGAAAAUAGACAUCUUUGUAAUGAAUAAGCAAUAGAUUUAUUAUCAAAAAUGCUUGUUUAUGAUCAUGCAUUAAGAAUAACCCCAAAAGAUGCUAUCGAACAUCCUUACUUUGAUGUAAUUAAAAAUAAUAUGAAUUAGAUGAAUACAAAUGGAAAUUGA